AAACCCUGUUUGAUGGCAGAAGAUGUACCGUCAGGGGCCAUCCUGAAGCCACCGGUGUUCCGCGUGGACGAGACCACCCCCGCGGUCGUGCAGAGCGUCCUCCUGGAGCGCGGCUGGGACCGGUAGGACGCGCGCGAGCAGAGCGUGGAGGGCUGGACCCUGUCCUGGAGGACGCCCUCGUUCCGCAUGGCCGAGCACGUCCACGUGAAGCCGUGGCAGAGGCUGAACCACCACCCGGGGACCAGCAAGCUCACCAGGAAGGACCACCUGGCCAGACACCUCACCUACCUGUACGGCCCCUCGCUCUACGCGUUCAUCCCGACGUUCGUCACGCCCGCCGACUACACCAGGUUCGUGGCCGAGUACUUCAGGGAGCGGUGGGCGCUGGGCGGCAAGCGCGGCUGCUGGAUCGGCAAGCCCGCGGAGCUGUCCCGCGGGAGGGGCAUCGUCAUCUUCAGUGACCUCAAAGACUUUACCUUUGACGACACGUACGUCGUCCAGAAAUACAUCUGCAAUCUGCUAGUUGGCAGGUACAAGUGCGACCUCCGCAUCUACGUCUGUGUCACCGGCUUUCGGCCUUUGACCAUUUGUGUUUACCAGGAGGGGAUCGUGCGCUUUGCCGCCGAAAAGUUCAACCGCAGUAAUCUGGAAAACGACCACGCCCAUCUGACCAACUGCAGCAUCCACAGAUCCGGGGCCUCCCACGGCAAGGUCAAAGAGGUGGUUGGCCACGGGUGCAAGUGGACACUCAGCAGACUCUUCUCCUACCUUCGCAGCUGGGACGCGGAUGACCUGCUUCUGCGGCGGCAGAUCCACUGUGUGGUCACCCUGACGGUUCUCGCCGUGGCGCCGUCAGUGCCCUCUGCCGCCAACUGCUUUGAGCUCUUCGGGUUCGACAUUUUGAUGCAUGACAACUUGAAACCGUGGCUUUUGGAAGUCAACUAGCCGGCCUUGUCCUUGGAUUGCUCGACAGACGUGUCCGUGAAGAGGAACCUUAUCCACGACAUUAGUGAGCUGAUUUACUUAAAUGGGCUACGAAACGGGGGCGAGGAAGGCAGGAGAGCGGCAGAGGGAAGUCCCAGUGUCCCCCGUGCCAAGAGUGACACACGCGCGCUCGGCACGGCUUGUGAUGCUCUUCCCCGCGAGUCCCUCCUGCGGGUCGCGAGGACAUACAGCGUGAAGGACUGUGAGCUGGGGACAGCGGGAGGCCGUGUCCCGAGAACGCACGCGGCUCGCACGGGGGCAGCGUUCCUGUCCGUCCACGGAGAGCCGCCCAGAGCCAGGCCCAGGUUAAGGGGCAGGCACACGCCGCACCAGGCGUUCACGCCCUGCGUGUCCCCCGCACAGUCGCGCACCUGCAUGACCAAGACCUCCCCCUGUGUCCUCGCAGACCACGGCAAAGCGCCGGACCCCCAAGCGGGCAACUUCGUUCUCAUUUUUCCUUUCAGUGAAGCGACUCUUGGAGCCUCCAGGAAUGGACCAAACGUCAAGAGGAUAAUCCAAGAACUACAGAAACUAAUGAGCAAGCGACAUUCCCAACCGGUGAAAAAUAAAGAUUCUUAG